AAGGUUGAUCGUUUGAUGGAGCAAAUAUGGUCUCUACUUUCUGGGUAUGAUCUGCAAGGACUACGGGAAUAUUGGCGCUAUUUAAACCAACGUUUAUUUUCUCGACUGGAGCAGCGUUAUGCACCAAGUGUUAGAAAGCUUGAGAGCAGUCUACUAAAAUUGUAUGUAGUGAAUGCUCACCAAAGUGGGAAACAAGAUAAAGUACUUGCAUUUUUUGAGCAGCUGGCAGGAGAACUUCAGUCACAUUCAGAUUUUAAAGACUGGUUUGGUAAUAUGGAUUUACAUUUAUUAUAUUGUCAAUUUUGUUCAAGUCUUCUAUAAUUUUGUUUUGUUUUUUUUUCUUAAAAAUCAAAUUUUGCCAAGUUGAUGAGGCAGUGCUUAUACCAGUUUUUUUAAAAUAAAUUUGUAUAUAAUGAAAAUGGCAGUGUUUCUGUAAAAUCUCAAAUUGUUUUUAAUUCUACCUUCUUUCAGCUUUUCCUUUUGUGACUACCCCAUCAGACAAUCCGAUGUUUUCUAUGUACUUUAGUAAACAGUGGCAAGAUACUUUACAACUGUCACUUCAUAAUUUUCUUUCAGUAGUUUUGCAAGCAAUGCAUAUCCUUUUCUUGAAAUACAACUUCUAUAACAUAAUUUAACUAACUCUUGCAUUCCAGAGAAUAUUUUUUUAUUCUAACAAUUUCAAAUAUGUUAUUGUACAAUUGUUAUAGCUUAAAAGCAUUAUGUUACUAGGUAAUCUAUUGAUAUUUUUGUCCACUAUUAAUUUCAGAAUUGCUUUGAAAGCUAUAUAUGUAACAAAUGUUGUGUAAAUGAAUAGAUCAGUAAAAACAUGUAUGUGCACUUUAUAUUUAUAUACAUAGGCCUAUAUAUAGCAGAACAGCAACAAUAAUAAUAUCACAUCAUAAGUCCUUAACUUUACAAACCUGUUCCAACAUUAUUAAAUGUUGAAUUUGAUGCAAGAAGAAUGAAAACUUUGCAAGAAGAAAAUACAUCCCUUAAGCAGCAGGUAAUCUUUAUUAUGUCUAGUUAGAGGCAUUACUAGUUUCUUUUUUUCUUUUUUUUUUCUAAUUUCCAAAAGUAAUAUAAAUUUUCAUAAUUAAAGUAUCCAAAGUUUCCACUGUAAGUAAUGUUUGCUCCUUAGAUCAGCAUUUAUGUUUACUCAGUCGAUCAGUAUUUAUGUUUACUCAGUAGAUCAGUAUUUAAUUUUACUCAGUAGAUCAGUAUUAAAUUUUACUCAGUAGAUCAGUAUUUAAGUUUACUCAGUAGAUCAGUAUUUAAUUUUACUCAGUAGAUCAGUAUUUAUGUUUACCGAGUAGAUCAGUAUUUAUAUUUACUCAGUCGAUCAGUAUUUAUGUUUACUCUGUCGAUCAGUAUUUAUGUUUAUUCAGUAGAUCAGUAUUUAUGUUUACUCAGUAGAUCAGUAUUUAUGUUUACUCAGUCGAUCAGUUUACUCAGUAGAUCAGUAUUUAUUAGUUUGUGUUUACGUUUACCUAGCUGAUGAGCUCUGCCACAUCCAAUGAGAUUAAUAGAGGUGAGGCCAGGUCAGGCACCCGAAGAAAUUUGCAUUCAGAGUUACCUCCACCUUCAUCCCCUCCUGAUAUGGUUUAUGAUUUUUCGGGUCUAGCAAGGUAAGGCUCUUAAAUGAUGGAGAUAAAAAUUUAAUUUUAAUAGUAUUCUUUAUUUUUAUUCAUUUUAAUAAAAAUAACUUUCUCAGUUUCAAAAUUGUCUUACUAACUACGUGGCUUUUUAAAAAUAUUAUUUUCAGUGAUUUUGAUAGUACAAAUCAAGAGAAAGUGAAAAAUACCCGUCGUUUUCCCUUGAUUCUUACUUCGCCAUUGGUGGGCAGAAAGAAAACCACAGAGGCAGCCCAGGCCAAGCCCAAAGUAACUGCAUCAGCAAGUGCAAUAAGCAGUACGACAGCUGCAGGGGUUACAGGAACUCAAGGGAAGGUAAAGAUAAAUGGAUAAAUACAUCAUGAAAAGGAAGAGGUGCAUCAAGCAAUCAUGGAUGUGUAGUAAAGGUAAUUGGCAUGGUCCCAGCAAGGCGGUAAAAAUUUCAGUAAAUCAACAAUAGGAUAUCAGGUGCUGGUGGACUUGAUAGCAAUGGACAACACAGGUUCAUCUCAAAUAAAUGAAUUGAAUUAAAUGAAUUUCAGCAUUAAUAUCAUGUUUUUUUUAAGUGUUUUGUUGUAUAAUUUAGACCCUUAAUUGGAGACGGUUUGUUUAUUUAUUUGAAUUUAGCAGGGAAAGGUGACAGAGAUGUCAACAACACCAUCUUCAUCUGAGGGAAGAAAGCUGUCCAUGGCAUCUCAGAUGCCAGCAUCAUCAUCAUCAUCCACUGGUCCAGUCACAACAGAUGCAACGCGAAAUCAGGUAACAAGUAAGCAGGUACCUUCUUCACAACAGCAAGGUGCUACAGUUGUCAGGCAUGCCACAUUUUCUGCCAGUGAGGCAUCAAGUACAGCAACAUCACUGCUAACAAAUGUAAGUAGGAAGUCAUUCAGUUUUAAUGAUCCAUUUCUGCUUUGUAUCUCAUGUUUAUUUCUCUGUCAAUUAAAAGUCAAACUCGUAUACUGAGGAAUUAGUAUGGAAUUUGUAUUUAUUUGAAUGAUAAAAUUUCAAUCUUUAAUCAUUCCUUACAACGUUGGUGGAUUGGGAUAUAUGCAGUUUUUCUUUCUGUUCCUCUCUCUCUAGAGAUCUUUAUCUGCCCCUGAUGGCAAGAAUGUAUCAAAUAGCAAACUGUUAGGCAAUAAGCGAAGGUCAGAAACACAGUUAACUCCUAUAUCAGACGCUUCAACUGAUGCCUCGGCAGCUAAUCCUCUGUUAGACUCUGGUUCUGAUUCUGAAACUCCCCAGCAAUUAGCAUCAGGUAUUAAUUGUUGAACACUUCAGUUCUCUUGAUAAUAAUAUUUUCUUCGUAUCCGGAAAUUUAAUCGAAAGAAAUUUCGUCGACGAUAAUUUGAUCGAACGGAAAUUUUUUCUUUUUUUUUUUCUUCAGUUUUUACGUUAAACGUUUGCUUCAAAUUUCUUUUUGAAUGCACUAUUUUGUUUUACCAUUAUAGUAUAGUGCGUUCAAAAAGAAAUUUGAUGAAAAUUUUUAUGCAUGAAAUGAAAAAUAGUUUCGGCCAAAUUUUCGUUCAGUCAAAUUAACGUUAAUCAUUUUACCAUCAACGAAAUUUCUUUCGAUCAAAUUUCUGGUAGCCUAUCUUCUUAAAAAUAACUAACCAAAAACAUAUACAAUUUUUUUUUCCUUCCAUUCAUCAAUACAAUUUAAUCAUUUCUCUUGACAUCCUUUCACUGGUAAAUUUAUAUUUCUUGUUUGCAGAUGCUGACAGUCCAUUCCUACUGCUGGAAGAGGUGAGGAAAAAUGUUUUUAAGAUGUUAUACUUGGGGUAGUUUUAAAAAAGAAACAAUGAUUAUUUUUAUGUUUUAAAACUUGUACCACCAUCAAACCAUAAAUAUAGUGCUAAGAUACAAGUUUGAGGAGUAUACAUUUUUUAUGCCAUUUUUCAUUCAAUCACUCAACGGGAAUUACAAAGUUUUUAGAAAAAUGUUGUAUUAUUUCACUUUACAAAAAAUUAUUUUCAAAAUGGUUAUCAAUGGAAAAUCAGGGUGUCAACUACACAUAUUAUUCAUUUAAUCUAACUCUUCCUACAUCUUAAUUGCUCAGGAUGAAUACACAGAGCAUAGUUCUGCUGCCUCUUUCUGUCGCUUUAGCUUGACGGGUCAAUAUGUGGCCAGUUUAGACGUUGAUGGAAUCGUGAAGUGAGUUAACAAUUAAGUCUCAUUAAUUUGUAAGAAUCUAAAUUAAAGAGAAUAUUUAAUUACUAUCAAAGCAAAAACAUUUUUUACAGCAAUAGAGAUGAUUGUUUUUUUAACUAUUUAUUUCAAAUGAAAAGAAAUAUUAUUUUGUACUACCUUAAUCUCGUUUUCACUGACCGUACAUUCUCUCAGGGUAUGGAUGUGGAGCCCUCAACCAUCAACAACAGCAACAGUCAUGUCAAGGUCUGCAUUCCUUUCAUUAGCCUGGGCAAGCAAAUCAGAUAGAUGGGUAAGAUUAUAUUUAGCAAGCUGCAGAUUUGAACUUAGUGGCAUUAUAGUUUACUCAUCCCUGUCAAACCACAUUACAAUAUGUCAAAUUAUAUUGUAUACAGAGAUUUUGAACUAAGGGAAAAUUAAGAACCGGGCACUUAUGACAGGCCUUUGUAAGAUUUUGUAAGCUGUUAGCUAUAAUUUUAUUGACUCAAACAGAUGGUGAAAAAAAUUUCAUUUGAUUGACAGUUGCCUUAAGUACAGAUUGUCAUUACAUUUUACUAUUCUGAAUUCUGUAUGUCAAAUUCCAGAGUUCCUAUUCUCAUAUUAUUUUCUUUCCAAAGCUUUUGUUAGGUAAUAAAACUGGGUCCAUUCGUUUAUUUGAUGUAAAAGACAGCAAGACAUACAGAGAGGUUCCGGUACAUCAAGACAACCCAGCAAAGUAAGAAAAUUAUAAAGAAAAGAAAAUUAUAAAGAAAAGAAAAUAUUACUUACCUGUUGUAUUGUUCUAAAUAAACUGUAUUUUGAGCCAAUUUUGAGAAUAUACUGGAUCAAAUACAUGUUCAAAAUAUAUAUUCCAGACCUCACAUUAUUUCUCACUCUGAUAGUUAUCUCUCCUUUUGCCCACGUUUCCUUACAGUUGUAUGAGAGUGACAGACCUGUCUACAAGUCCUUCAAGCAUGCAGUUUGUGUGUGCCACUGCUGAUUACUGUCCCUUCACAUCGAAUCUCAAUAAUGUGUCUGGCAGACUUCUUCAAUGGGACCUGAGAACACUUAAACUUGAGGUGAUCAUUUUUAGAGCAAAACUUAAAAUCAACAAAUCUUGAAAUAAUACCAUUUCAGUCAUCUGUUUAAUACAGUGGUUCUCAACCUUACUAAUGCUGGGACCCUUUAAUGUAGUUCCUCAUAUUGUGGCGACCCCCAACAACAAAUUAUUUUGGUUGCCUCUUCAUAACUGUAGAGUAUAUAUAUUUUCCUUUCCGAUGGUCUUAGGUGACCCAUGUGAUUUCAAAUGGUCGUUCGACCCCCAAAGGGGUCCCAACCCACAGGUUGAGAAUUGCUGGUUUAAUAAUACAUUGCAAAUAAAGGGGACAACUAUUGUUAUUGAUAAAAUAUUUUUUCCUUAAAAUAUAUAAAAUGUCAAGAAUAUAUUUUAUGUAUACUUUUGUAUAUUUAACAAACAACAUUCUAUUUCCAUUUUAUUGCUGUUGAAGUUAUAAUUUACUUCAAACAAAUUUUCUUUGAGGCUAUCACAGAUGUCAUUAAGAAUCCUAAUUCCCAUCUCUUUUUUGAUAUCUUUACAUGAUGUUGUGAUUCUUUUACCACACCAAAAAAUGUCAAAAUGUAAAAAUUGACAUGUUGUAUUGAUUUAGAACCCAGCUUCUCUACUGAGUUCUAGCUGAUGUAUGGACAUUUUUUGUUUAAAUACUAUUACAAUGAUCAUUGAUUUUUAUAAUAUUAUUUUUUUAAUGACUUUUAAUUUUUUUUAUUACUGUUAAACUAUGUAUGGUAUUUAAAGGAAUUAAAUAACUACAGGCUGUUAAAUACUGCUCUUAAAUGGUAUUAAUUUAAAUGAGAGGUGAGGAAAAAGUUUCUUUUAAAAGGAACAUUCACUAUAAACAUCGUUCAACCCUAUUAUUUUCUUCUAUGGUCAUCGUUAACCUUGAGUGAUUUGUGGAAAUUAGUUGAAAUUUUCACUAAAUUAUGAAAAUAUCCUUCAAUUGGGAAGGGUCACAGUUAAAAGAAAUUUUAACAAUUUUCUUCUCUUUCAAUUUUUUUUUUUAUGUCAUUUUUUUCUGCCUUCUUAGCGAGCUUUACAAGUGGAUUCAGCAAUCUGUAAUGCAAUCACUUGUUCUUCGUACAGUCAAAGUGGUCAUAUGCUUCUUACUGGUGGGGCUGAUGGCUUUAUUCGAAUAUAUGGUACAAAUACAGUAGUUUUUUCUCCUUCUUCUAAUCAGUUAGUAUCUUAAGUUAGUGUUAAAACCAUGCAUGACAUAAUACAUAAGUAUAGCACAACAUGUAUUUAAUGACCACCUGCUAAUUAUAAGCAAAAUGAAGAUUACAGACUAGGCUCAAGAGCAUACUUCACAUCUUGAGCAGAUAAUUAAUUAAACAAUCACUGGCACAUAUAUAUUUAUGAGUAUAAUUCAAACACCAUACCUUUUUGUUUUAAAAAAAAGCCUUAAUGCCCUUCUCCCAUAUUUGUUUCUGGACCCUGUGCGCCCCCCCCCCCCCCUCCCCCCACACAAAAAAAAAACAUGAUGGGCAAACAAGGUUCAAUAACAGUAAACUCAAUAGCAUACUGAAGAUGACAAAAUACAUUUCAAUGGAGUUAAAUUCCGUAUCACUAGAACUGGCAUAAAUAACAAAUGUAUUAUCUUAAAUUACAUCUAAGUUCAUUAUCGGAGUCCAUUUUUGACUUGCUAUACAUCAUGGUAAAAAUAUCAAAAUUUAUUGAAAUCCCUAACUUUAAGCAGCAUUUUUAAACCUAAAUAUCUCUCAUUUUAUAAAUCCAAGAGGAAAUGAUAAGUAAACAUAAACAGAGCAGGGCUACCACACCUUGGGACAUUUCCCAAGUUCUUGGGAAUUCACGAUCCCCAUGGGGGGGGGGGUAAUAUACUGAAAACUUUUGAAAAUUAUUUUAGACCCAAAGUCUUGAUGACGAUGCUUAAUAAAUAAAUUAUUGCAUUUUUUCUUUCCAUGUAAAAGAUAUUUCCCAAGUUCUUGGGAAUUCAUGAUCCCCAUGGGGGGGGGGGGGUAAUAUACUGAAAACUUUUGAAAAUUAUUUUAGACCCAAAGUCUUGAUGACGAUGCUUAAUAAAUAAAUUAUUGCAUUUUUUCUUUCCAUGUAAAAGAUUCCAACUCCCAAAAACCUGCCUUGAAGUGGCCAGGUCAUGAUACACCAAUACACACAGUCCAGUUUCAUGGGGAGAGAUCAGUCUACAGCAUGUCAGCUGAUGGAAAAGUAAGGAGCUUAUUAAUAUGUUUCUAUUAACAUAAAUUUGUAUUUCUUUUUUUUUAUUUAAAGUAUCUUUUGUUUCAUGUUUUGUAUUGCCUGCUGAAACAUCAGUCUUAUUGUCCUGUCUUUUCUUUUCAAGCCUAAACAUGUCUUGUUACACUAUUUAUUGAAUGUUGAAUUCUAAAUUUUAAAACACUUAUAAUGAGUUUAUAAUUUUAUCCUUUAGAAAAAGGGAACAAAAAAUUCAUGGGGCUCAUUUUUAAAAAGUGUAUCCUAACCAAGUAAUACAUUUUUUGUGUGUUGCAGCUUUGUGAAUGGAACCUAGCUCGUAUUGGUAAUUUGGUGAAUACAAUAAACUGUGGACAGAGAGACUUGGGAAAAGUAAAUUCUGGUAGUUGUCGAGGUCGCCUAUUUGCACUUCACCUAGAUCAUUAUUUACUGACCUACACCGGUCGAAGGGGAUCUAUUUUCAAGGUCAGUUUUUAAAAAUUGAUUCAAGCCAUAGAAUGACAAUAAAUUGUUUCGAAAACAGUGACAUGGACAUAAAGAGAAAUCAUUAUAAUUCUAACAUUGUGGACAUCCUUGAAGCUUGUUUUUAAAAAUUUAGUUGAUGAAAAACAGUCUUUUCCAUUAAUGUAAAUGUAAAAAAUGCUUCCCAAUUAGCACACUUGAUUUAUAUCUGUUUGCGCCACAGAUCCAGGAUGUCCCAAGCCCAACUCGUGUUAUGGAGCUUAAACUUCAUCAGUCCCCCGUAGUCACAGUUGAUUGGUCGCCAUCACCAGACACUCAAGUCUGCAUCACUGGCUCAGCUGAUGCAAAAAUUAAAAUAUCGACCCUACUUUCCAAAUGAAGAUUGCAGACUUGUUGACCUUUUGUUGCUCUUUAAAAUUAUUUUUUGUUCUUUUCUAUACACUUAUCUUCCUAGAAUAAUUUAAUUUAUUUGAUCUCCAAUAUUCUAGCUCAGUGAUUCUCAAAUGUUCACCCUGGGGAGUGGCGUCUUCCUUACAGAAGCGCCACACAAUUUUCAUUAGUUUAUUUACAUUUAUUACCAGAUUGACUAUUUCGCAGUUUACAAAUGGCACCUUAUGAAAACAUGGCUUUAACUAGGGCACAGAGAAGUGAAUAAAAUUUGGGAACCUCUGCUCUAGUUUAAAAACACAAAAUAUAAAAAAUGGCACCAGUCAUUCCAUUAAAUGUAUUUAUGAGUCAUGAUUUCAUGCCAACAAAUUACUUUUAGGGUAAAAGCUUUGAUGAUGUCAUUGCAUAUUGAAUAGAACUUCAGUGGAGAGAUCUGAAAUCCUGUCCUUAAAGGUUCUCUGAUUAUUAAAAACUAUUUUAAGAGACUUCAAAUGUAAAAAGAUGCAGGCUGCCAUAAAUUAAUGAACAGCUGAGUUAACCUAAUCUAUGCAAUAUUAUUUUGUACAUAAAGCUGACAUUGAUCUUUGUCUUGAUCAGAUGUUCUUAUUUUUGUUCUUUGUUAUUGACUUUCAUUUAAUUAUUAAAAUUAUUUAGAAUAUAGUAUUAAGUGCCCAAACAUACCAAAAAAAUAUCUAUGUGAUAUAAAAAUCAUACAAUGACAGAUAUGUCAUUUAUACCAUUUGGUGUUAGUAUAAACUGGUUUAUGGGAGUAGGCUUAAAGCUCAAAAUAAUAAAGCCAAGGAAAACAUUUCAAUUGGAUAAACAGCAAAUUGAACAACUCGUUUUAAGCCUUAUGAAUACCAAAAAAGUGGAUGAAAACCAAUCAUUGGAAUGUGAUACAAAUUAUGGCCUACAAGCACCUAGGUUUCCCUGUAUUUUGCAGUAAUAUAUUCUUCAAAAGUAAAAUGUACUAAAAGUUAUGUUCACAUUGUCUAUUAUUUGUUGAUCAUAAAUUACUCCAUCCAUACUAUUAUUACUACUGGUACUACUACUAUUUUUUUGAUAAACAUAAUUAACAAAAAUAGUGAUGACUCUGCACCUGGAAACCCUUUACAGCAAUUCAGAAGCACUGCUUUACUAACAAGCAUAAUCAAAAGAGUGUUGGUCCAGUUAAAAUUUAAAAAAUGUGUGCUUUUCAUUUAGAUGCAUUUCUAUCUUUUUUAAAAGUAUUGUUUCUAUGCAUAUUGUUACUUCACUACAUAAUUUUAUGUAAUAUAUUAAACUAUUGAUGAUUCUAAAAAGAAAUUGCACUAAUGAAUAAUAACUUCAGGUUAAUUGAUAGUGCCAUAACAAUUAUUUAUACAUUUUUAAAAUAAAAAUUAUAUGUUAUAUCAACAACAG